AUGGUGAUAUAUUCAAAGAUAUUACUUCAAAAGAAUUAAUAUGGAAUAAAAAACCAAGUCCGCAUUUUCAAAUUAAAUUAGAAUCAAUUGAGCUACAACAAAACCCCAGGGUUGCAAUUAUAUUAGAUGUUGAAUUUACUUCAACUUAUCCAUUGUCGCCACCAAAAAUUAAACUAAUCAAUCCGGAGAAUUUACUCAAAAGUCAGGUUAAUUUGUUGUAUGAUAAAGCUGCUUCAUUAAUAAAAGAAUAUCCAGAAGAAGAAGUUUCAUUUAUAAUUAUAUCUGAAUUGAAAUUAUUACUUGAUGAAAUACAGUCAACACUGAAGAAAGUACUAUCACUAGAAGAAGAGAGGGAAUUACGACUUAAAAAUGAACGAAAAGCAUUGGAGGAGAAAGAACAAAAGAAACAAAUUGAAUUGGAAUUAAUUAAACGAAAACAAGAUAAAGAAUUAGAUGAACAAAUACAAUUACUAAAGAACGAUUAUGAAACGGAAGAGAGUUCUGAUGAUGAAAAUUUAUCUGUGAGUAUUCCAGGUUCUACAGAUGAUUGUUUUAUAUUUGAAAAUACAAUGCAAGGUUCAAUACCAUUUACUAGAUCUAAAUUCAAAUUUAAAGCUGUUUCGGGGUUUACUAAAUAUUCUAAAAAGAAUAUAUUUACUUCUAUAAGUCAACAAUUUAUAGUCAAACCAUUUGUGAAUAAUGAAGUACAGGAUAAAAUUGAUCGACAACUAGUUGAAUUGACUUAUUUACUUACUAUAAUUGAAUUGGAUAAUAAAUAUUGGCAAAGUGAUGCUGGGAAGAAAGAAAUACAAGAUUUGGAAAAGGAAUUGGAGAUAAUAGUGAACUUACAAGACGAUCACAUUAAUAAAUUAGUCGGUUUUCAAAUAGAUAAACAAAAUAAUUGGUGUAUUCGAAUACUUACAGAAUACUCAAAUGAUACGUUAAAUAGUAUAUUACCUAAAAAUGAUAUUAAUUGGGGUAUUGCUCGAAAUUGGUUAAUUCAACUACUACCAACACUUGAAAAUCUACAUAAUACUGGUGUUAUACAUAAAUUAAUAUGUCCAUUAACUGUUAGUGUGGUAGAGAAUGAUUUAAAAUUAUCACAUCCAUCAUAUGGUCUACGACUAUUACAAAUGAUUAAAUCAUAUCCAAAUAAACAUCAAGAGACCAUUCAAAUUAAUUCAAAAGAUACAAUACCUGAAAAAUGGCAAGCACCAGAGUUAAAAUCAGGGAUAAAUCAACAAAAGACAGAUAUUUGGGAUUUAGGGGUGCUAUUUUUACGAAUCAUGCUUGGUUCUAAUACAACUGAAACAACUUUUCCAACACCACAAGAUUUUUUAAAUAAAUUUCAAGUUAAUGAGUAUCCUAAUGAAGAAUAUGCAUCAUUAAUUUAUGAUUUAUUAUCUAAAAUGUUACAUUCCAAAGUUUAUAAACGACCAACAGUAUUAGAAUUGAAUUCUACAAGGUAUAUGAGAGAAGGUCCUGGUUAUGAACCAAUUACCCAUACCAUGCGACGAAAAUCAAAUAAUCAUGAAACUCCAAAUUUGUAUUCUCCAAAUGCUAACGUUGCUAGAUAUGAACGUGAUUUUGAAGAGAUUGGGAAAUUAGGUAAAGGUGGAUUUGGAGAAGUUGUAAAAGCAAGAAAUAAAAUAGAUGGGACAUUUUAUGCAAUAAAAAAGAUUAGACACAAAUCUGAGAAGUUGGAUAGUUUAUUAAGUGAAGUUUUAUCAUUGGCAAGAUUAAAUCAUCAAUAUAUUGUAAGAUAUUAUGGUACUUGGGUCGAAGAAAUAAAUGAAACUGCAAUUGAAUCAGGAUCAGAUAUAGAAUCAGAGGACCUGUUUUCCAGUAACUAUAAUAGAAUAGGUAGAUCUUCUUCAUUUUUACCAAGUCAUGACAAUUCAUUUCAAGUUGAUUAUAUUUCAACAUUUGAUAAAUUAGAAUUUGACUCUAGUUCAGAUGAAGAGUCUGAUCAAUUUGAAUUUGCAAAUUCAGGAACACAACAGACUAAUGAAGUGUCAACUAAUGAAAUAUCAACUAAUUCUUCUACAUCAAAACCCAAAACAAAUACUAAAUCUAUACUUUAUAUUCAAAUGGAAUUUUGUGAAAAUAAUACAUUGUUAAAUUUAAUUGAACAAGGAUUACCUAAUAAUUCGAAUGAAUAUUGGAGAUUAUUUCGUCAAUUAUUAGAAGCUGUUUCAUAUAUUCAUCGAGAGGGAUUCAUUCAUCGUGAUUUAAAACCAAUGAAUAUUUUUAUAGAUAGGUCUAAUAAUAUAAAAGUUGGUGAUUUUGGAUUAGCUAAGAAUUCACAGUUUUCAAAUUAUCUACUGAGAAAUAAUCAAGUUGCAAAUGAAGAAUUGAGUACUAUUGUCGGAACUGUAUUUUAUACUGCUAAUGAAGUAUCAACUGGUAAAUAUGAUGAGAAAGUAGAUAUGUAUUCAUUGGGGAUUAUAUUUUUUGAAAUGUGUUAUUCAUUAUCAACUGGAAUGGAAAGGGCAAAAAUAUUGAAUAAUUUAAGAUUGAAAGAAAUUGAAUUUCCGACAAACUUUAAAAACAACACUGAAAAGAAGGUUAUCAAAUUGUUGUUAAAUCAUGAUCCUACUCAACGUCCUUCAGCUAAUGAAAUAUUACAAAGUGGUUGGUUACCUGUCGAACAUCAAGAUCAAGUAAUAAAAGAAGCUUUGAAAUCUUUAGCUGAUCCUGCAUCUCCAUGGCAACAACAAGUUCGUGAUACUUUAUUCAAUCAGCCUUAUUCAUUAGCUAAAGAUUUAAUGUUUGAUAAUAAAGAUAAACAAUCAGAUUUUGAUUAUUUAUUAUUUGAUAAAAUUACUCAUGAAAUAUUCCGCAUUUUUAAAACUCAUGGUGCUAUUGAGAAUUUAAAUAUUAAUCCAUUAUUACCUAAAGCUCCACUACAAUCAAGGGAACUAGUUUAUGAAAUUUUAGAUAAAAAUGGACUGGUGUUGACAUUACCUUAUGAUUUAGUUUUACCUACUGCUAGAUAUUUAUCAAGAAGUUUAGAAACUGUGCCUUCAAAAUUUUUCAGACAUGAAUUUGUUUAUCGUCCAAAUGUUAGGGGGAUAGGUAUGCCAGAUAGAUAUUCAGCCAUUAAUUUUGAUAUUGUAUCACAGACUAAAACAAAUUCUACAUUUCAAGAUGCUGAAUGUAUUAAAGUUAUGGAUGAAAUUAUUGAAUUACUUCCCUGUUUUAGUUUUAAGAAUAUUAUUUUAGUUAUAAAUCAUUAUGAUAUUCUAAAUGCUGUUGUUUCAUUUGCAUUUGAUAAUGUGGGAAUUGAUGAGAAAUUAAAAUUUGAUGUAUUUGGGGUGCUAUCACAGUUGGGAAUUGAUAAGAAUAGUGAAGAGAUAAAGAGGUAUUUAAGAGAAGAAUUUCAGGUACCAUAUACUGUUAUUAAAGAAUUGAUUGAAAACUUUAAUUUUACUUGUGAGCUAGAUAAAGCAAGACAUAAAUUACAGAAAUUAAUGAUUGAUUCUACACAUUUCGUAAAGGUCGAUAAAGCAUUAUGUUAUUUAACCAAUGUGGUAAAUUACCUAAAGAAGUCAAACAAUAAAUCAACAAUUGCAUUUAACCCAUUAAGCAAUUAUAAUAAUAAAUAUUAUAUAAAUGGUAUCAUGUUUCAAUCAAUAUUUAAAUCAGAUAAAUUGAAAAUGUGUAAGAGAAUAUUAACUGGUGGAAGAUAUGAUUCAAUAUUACAAGGUUAUCGUGCAGUUGGUUUCACCCUAUCAACAACUAUAGUCUUCAUCCUAAUGAAACAUUUAAUGAAUAGAAAAUCACAAAAUUUAUCAAAAUGGAGAGGAUCAAGAUGUGAUGUAAUUGUAGCAAGUACUCAACAAAAUUAUUUAGAUCAAGGAGGUUAUGAAAUUUUGGCAAGUUUAUGGCAAAAUAAAAUAAGUGGUGAUAUUUUACCAAUUGCAACUACACAAGAUGAAAUAAUGCAUAAAGCGUAUUUAGAUGGUGCUAGUUGGUUAAUUUUAAUUAAACAAUUACCUGCGAAACGUAAAAAAUCAUCAAGUUUUAAACCAUUAAGGAUUAAAAAUAUAUUUAAUGGAGUAGAGUAUGAUUCUGAUUAUGAUAGUUUUAUUUAUACGUUGCAAAAAUUAUUUUCUGGAGCUGUUGAAGAAGAACCAAUUGAAUCUACAAAUGAAUUAUUACCAUUGUAUUCCUUAGAUAUUGAUCAAAAAAUAAUCGUUGUUAAUAAUGAUGCUCCGAGAGGUCGUAAGAAUAAACGAGAUAAAUGGGAAUAUGAAAAUGAUGCAAAAUUAGCAGGUUCAAAUUUUUUAAAACAAUUGUCGGUAGGUCCAGUGUUAGCUAUUGAUGCAAGAGAUGAGUUCCUUGAUGUCAUUAGUAAAACAUCAAUUCAGCAACAAGAUGAAUGGUUAAGAAAAGUGCUAUUUACUACUAAUAACUUUCCAAAAAGUUUUGCUUUAAAUAUUUAUAAUGCAUUGAUUAAAGAAGCAUCCAAAGGCAAUCGAUUUUGUUUAUUAGUUUCACCUCGUACUCAUUAUACUACAAUUGUUGAUUUAAAUAGAUAA